AUGGCUGCUGCCAGUGGUAGAUUUGAAAGUGCGAGGAGUAUCGAAGAACGCAAAGCACAGACCAGGCUUGCCAGGGCCGAAGUGUUGCGCCAGGCUAAAGCAGAUUUUGAAAAGGAAGAAAGGUGUAGAGAACUUAAGCGUCUUCGGGGUGAGGAUACGUGGAUGCUAUCCGAUGUCAAUGAGCGAAUUGAACAGUUCUCACAGGAGCACUCUGUGAAGAAAAAGAAGAAAGACAAACACUCCAAAAAGGUAAAGAAAGAGAAGAAGAAAAAGAACAAGAAACAGAAGUAUGAAAAAAAUGAAUCAUCUGAUAGUUCAUCAAGUUCUGAAGAUGAGUGGGUUGAAGCAGUUCCAUCUCAGGCUCCUCGCAAAGAAAAGGCCUGGAAAGUGAAAGAGGAAAAGUCAGAACAGGGCGAUGACAGUGAAAUGAUCCAGAGGGAUGAGUGGAUGACCGUUGACUUUAUGUCUGUUAAAACUGUAUCCUUAUCAUCACUCAAAGCUGAGAAAGAAACCAGAAGGAAAAUUGAGCAGGAAAAUGCCCAAGCAGCUGAGCAGUCCAGAUUGUUGGAAAGAGAAUUGAAUCCAUACUGGAAAGAUGGGGGGACAGGUCUCCCACCAGAAGACAGUAAUGUAUCAUCCAUUACUAAAGUUUCAGUAGUAGAAGAUGGUGGAUUAAGCUGGCUAAGGAAAUCUUAUCAAAGAAUGAAGGAACAAGCCAAGAAACAAAAUAGAAAUUUUGAAGAUAUUGUGGCUGAAAGAUAUGGUUCAAUGGAAAUAUUUCAGUCAAAAUUAGAAGAAGCCGAAAAAACUGCCUCCAGAAAAGAAGACUAUAGACAAGAACGGUGGAGGAAACCAGCACAUUCAGAUAAAGCACCCACUAGUCAAGAAAGUAGAAAAUCAGACUUAGUAAAUUAUAAUAAAAGUUCAAGGGGUGGAUAUAACAUAACGGAUAUUACAGACCAUAGUAAAGAUAAGGGUAUUGCUGAUGAAAACGAUAACAGAUCCAGGUCUUUAGAAACAUGUGGACGAGAAUCCAAUCCAAGACAAAGUCGGUUUUCUUCUGGUGGAAAUUUGAGGACUAAAUUCUUAAGACCCUCUGAUGAUGAAGGAGUGUCAUUUCAUAGUACGGGCAGAAGUGUUGGACCCCCAUCCCAUUCAUCCACAGCAUUGGUAGCUCAAGGUUUCCAAAACCCCACAGACAACAGUGACGAAUGCUUAUCAUCAUGGAGUCGAUCUGACUGGAGAAAAGAAAACAAGAAACGUUCAAGUGAAAAACCUUUAAAACCCAACAGCAGGGCGGACUCCAGUCACGUUCCAGGAGACGGGAAAGAGAAGUCACCGCGUGAAAGCUUGAGAGAGGGCCCUUCGAAAGAAGAAUAUCUGCAGGACACGAAGUCUUCCUUGGCUGGAAGCAAUCCAGAGAAUGAGACCGUCCACAUCCUAAGUGUGGAUGAGAAGAACAAGUUGGGAGCCAAGAUUAUCAAGGCAGAGAUGAUGGGAGAUAUGAGUGAAGACCAGCAAGAGGUGAUCCUUGUCAGAAGAGACCAGUCUGGAAGAGUAUGGCCUGUGAACACCGGGAUAACCCCGGAACCCAAAGGAGGGAGCAGGAGGAGACGGAUAGCCUCAACCCAUGAGGAAAAAGAAAGAGUCAGAUACUUUCAUGAUGAUGAUAAUCUAAGCCUAAAUGAUUUAGUCAAAAACGAGAAGAUGGGAACAGCAGGAGACCAACACAGACUUUUUAUGAGAAUGGCAUCUAAGUUUAUGGGGAAGCCUGAUGGGGACUAUUACACUCUGGACGACAUGUUUGUUUCUAAAGCUGCUGAGAGAGAACGUCUUGGUGAGGAGGAAGAGAAUCAGAGGAAAAGAGCUAUUGCUGAGCACCAGCGUCUUGCUGCACAGAUGGAAAAAUGUCUGUAUUGUUUUGACAGCUCUCAAUUCCCUAAGCACCUUAUUGUGGCAAUAGGUGUUAAGGUUUAUUUGUGUUUACCCAACUUCCGGUCCCUUACGGAGGGACACUGCCUGAUAGUGCCUUUGCAGCACCAUAAAGCAGCCACCUUACUGGAUGAGGACAUCUGGGAGGAAAUUCAGAUGUUCAGAAAAUCCUUGGUAAAGAUGUUUGAAGAUAAAGGGUUGGACUGUGUGUUUUUAGAAACAAAUAUGAGCAUGAAGAAACAGUAUCACAUGGUUUAUGAGUGCAUUCCUCUCCCAAAGGAAGUGGGUGAUAUGGCUCCCAUCUAUUUUAAGAAAGCCAUAAUGGAAUCUGAUGAAGAGUGGUCCAUGAACAAGAAGUUGAUUGAUCUCUCUUCAAAAGACAUCAGAAAAUCAGUACCCCGAGGCUUACCUUACUUCUCAGUGGAUUUUGGUCUGCAAGGAGGGUUUGCCCAUGUCAUUGAAGAUCAACACAAAUUUCCUCAUUACUUUGGAAAGGCGUCUUCUAUGGCGUCUUUUAGCAACAUAUUCAACAAUGGUAGUCAGACGCCAUCCAGCUUUUCUGGGCUUAUGGCAAAGGAGGCAGUUGUUCGUGGAAGUGAUUAG